AUGAAGCCAGAGUGGAAGCAAUGGCUCUUAAUUGCCGGUGGGGCGGCGGCAACUGGUGUCGCACUGUAUUACCUGCUUAGAGAGGAAGGGCCAGGUCGCAAGGAGAGUGAGACGGAAGCGAAAAAGUUCAAUACAAAUGAGGCAACAAAGGAGCAGGUGCUGAUGGUGCUCCGAGAUAUCCUGAGCACUCAGGAGAAGAUGAAGGGGCUGAUGAAGAAGUUCACGCAGAAAUUUGUCGAAGAGGAUUACACCUUUGAAGAGGCUUGCGCCAUGGUGGCGAAACAGCACCCAGAAGAUCCGCUGAGCCGCUACGGCUUGACAAUGGCUACUUUUGAUGGACUACUUGACAAGUUCCAGCAAGAACCUGAGGUGAAGGCCGCAGUGCUGAGCAUAAUGGGAGCCGCCUCAACCCCAAAUCCCAGCCCGGCAGCCUACCAGAUAUCAACAGACCGUCUGAUCAAGGUGCACGAGUUCAUGAGGGACGAGUUGCAGAGCUUGACAGCCGAGGCUGGGUCGUGGCCCAAAGCUGACACCAAGGUUAUAACCCUGGCUGCCCAGGCGUACGUGGGUGCGAAAGUACAGAAAAAGUUUGGCUUGUCUGGCGAGGAUAUUGAGGGUGCAGUGCUCCUAAACCACAAGGAUCUUGCAUCGAACGCGAACUUCACAAUGGUCAACAUCGCCAUACAGAAGACUAUGAACGAUUUGAUCGAUGCAGACGCGUAG